AUGCUUCCCCAUCCGGUUUCAGCUGCGACGGCUUCCUCCAGUGCGGUGUUCUCCAUGACCCAGCGUACAUUGGCUACGUCCCAUCCUUCAGUUGUGUUCCAGCCGACGCCGCUCUGGGCAAGGGCAAGGGGGGCAAGGGCGCGGGUGGAGCUGGAGGGGGCGGUGGAGGUGGCGGUGGAGGCGGCGGAGGGAGUGGGGGUGGCGGCGGGAGUGGUGGCGGCGGCGGUGGUGGUGGUGGCAGCGGCGGAGGAGGCGGCGGUGGUGGCGGUAGCGGUGGAGGUGGAGGCGGCGGAGGAGGCGGAGGAGGAGGCGGUGGUGGCGGAGGGGGUGGAGCUGGUCGGGGUGGUACCCCGCAGCGGAGCGGCUCUGGGAGUGGUUAGCGCCAGCAGCAGCGUUCGCGGGACAUCCCUCCGCCCCAGCAGCUCCGUAGCUGCGUCAGGUUAG